AAGAAGCUAAACCCCACAAACCAGUUCCAUUUCCUCUCUUCAAUGGCUUCCAUUCCUCAUUUCCGUUCUGAUUAUCACUUUUCUCCAGAUGAAUUUUCAGAGAUUUCAUCUGUAAUGGAUCAAGAUCAUAGAUAUGCUAGAACCGGUUCAUUUUCUAGCAUAAAUAUGUCAAGUGGUGCAAUUUCUAGUCUUAGUGGUGGAGCAAAGUUGGGUGAUCAUCAAGAUCAUAGCUUUCCAACGUUUUAUGAUCAUAAAAAUUGUGGUGCCCUUGAUAUUUUUCAAGGGGAAUCUGAGAUCAUGUCGCCGAUUCCAGCAACGAAUUCAAUGCCUGAAAUAUUUGGGAAUUCUGAUAUGGUUGUGCCCACAUGGAUGGAUUAUAAAAUGGGGUCUAAUGGUGGCAUUGCCAAAAUUGAGAAUUUUAGUUGCGGAUUUCAAAUAUCGGAUGUGUGUGAAUAUGGGGAGGAUUCUGAUGGUUUUUCGCCAAAUUUUACGCCUGUGAUCUGUCCUGCUGCUGAAGAAAAUUGGGCACGCACAUUUUUUAGCCUGGAAUACAACCUAAUAACAGCCAAAGAAAGCACCGAUAUGGCCAAGGUUGGCCGGUACACGGUGGAAGAGAGGAAAGACAGAAUUUCAAGGUAUUUGAAGAAGAGAAACCAAAGGAACUUUAACAAGACCAUCAAGUAUGCUUGCCGAAAAACCCUAGCUGACCGCAGAGUUCGCGUUCGCGGGAGAUUUGCUAGGAACAAUGAAAUAUUUGAAGAAGAAACUGAGGUUAAGAAGGAUGAUGAUAGUAUUCCUUAUCUCCGUCAUGGAAAAGAAACAUAUUGCACUAGCAAUGCAGUCCAGAUCAAGAACGACGAUGAUGACGAUGAACAAUGGCUGCAAGAGGCUUUGGCAAGUCUUGUGUAUGUACCGCAUAUUGCUGGAUGA